AUUUUUAUGUCCCUGUUUUCCUUUAUCUAGAUAUAGUACUCUGCACAAUUGGGUAGAAUAUUGUCAUCAUUCAGGUCAAGUCCCGUGAUACACCAUGGGUGACAAUCAGAUCUACCAGUUCUCCCUCGUUAAUGCCUUGAUGGCGGGAGUUUCUGACUCGGGCAUCUCGGUCGAGCAGCUUCUAGCCAAGGGCAAUCAAGGAAUCGGCACAUUCGCACAGAUGAAAGGAGAGCUUCUGAUGCUCGAUGGCAAGGUCUAUCAAUUGCUCGACGGCGGUCAAACGAGGGUAGCAGACAACACCGACUUGAUCCCUUACGCAGUGGCAACCAAUUUUGUCCCCCAAAGCACAUGUGAAGUGUCACUGAAAUCGAAAGACUCCAUCUACGAGCUGCUUGAACAGUUCCCGGAAUACUCAUCCAAUUUGUUCCUGGUCUUUCGCUUUGAUGGCCACUUCCAGUCUCUCAUAUGCCGGACGGUUAAGGGCCAAGAAUACGAGGGCCAGCCGCUGGCGGACGUUGGCAAGAACCAGCACGUCCAGCCGUACGAAAGUAUAGAAGGAACAAUCGUUGGCUUUCGCUCCCCCGAGAUUUGGCAGGGCUUCUUUGUGGCUGGUGAACACAUGCACUUCGUCAGCGCCGAUCGGCGAGAAGGUGGGCAUGUCCUGGAAGUGUCCGGUGGCCAGGGAAAACUCAGCAUUGCAGUCGCCAGGGAUAUUCACAUUGAGCUUCCAUCCUCGGAUGCAUUCAACAAAGCUUCACUGAGUGUAGAUGACGUCGGCAUCAAAGCAGUCGAAGGUUGAGUUGGUUGCACAACUUCUACUAUGCACCAGUGCCAUCUCUGCAGUCCCAGCAGCCAACUUUGUCAUCUAUGAUGGCGACCAGCCCAGACGAAAAUUAAUAACUUGGAUGCUCUUAUUAAACUUCUUGGAUACACACUUUAAUGUUCUCGGGAUUAAGCUGAACGGCGUCAAGGAGCUCGGUUCUAAUGAUGAAAUUACUACAAAGGCAUAGGACGGGCUGUGACCAGUCGCCUAUGAUGCACAGCUGUCGCAGUAAAUCUCGAAACCCUGAUUAUUUCCGUGUCAGUGGAGUGGCAUUGUGGUUGCUUGAGCAGGCACUUACAAGAUCGGUUCCUGGAUGGCCAGUGCAGUUGCUGGAAAGUGGAAAUCGCCUCUGGAUUGCUUGCAAGGCAUUGUCUGGUGCGGUGUUGAAGACGAUUUUGGCUCGUGGUGCUUUGUCGCGAUAUGUCUGGAUGAUGUCUGUAGAUGGACAAAUGAGCAGAUGAUUCUGAACGUUGAAGUAAGUCUUCAGGAUGAUACGGACCUUCGAGGCGGACUGUGAGGUCCGGCAAGCGAGCACCUCGAACUCCAUAACCAACCCCGGUGCCUUGCCAAUUCCUUCCACGCAAUCGAUCGGCAUAGAUGCCCACAUCUUGUUCUGGACCCGCAAGGACAACUGUUGUGAGGUAUACAUCAGCGGAGGUUGCUUUAUGUUAGCCCCUCUUUCGAGACUCGCCUCUAAGGUUAUAUCCAGCUUCCACGAUUUCGGCGGCAUCGCGCCUCAGGGCAUUGUUAACCAUGUUCGGGUCGAAGCCUUGUUCAAUGACUAGAGGGUGGAAUGGAGGCAACCCCCUGGAAGGAAGUUCAGCAUAAGUCAAGGACAGCACAGGGGAGAGUGGACAAACGUGAAAAAGACAUCUACAUCACCACAGCCAGGAUUCCUCACUGGCGGCCGAGGACCAAAAUGAGCCAUCGUGCUGCCGAAAAAGGCGAUCGUGGCGAAGAUGCGAAUUCCAACCAUGUUGUGCGGCUAGAGGAUACGAGGAGCAGAGGAUCUGAAUGGACGCGGAGGAUUAGCCUGAAUUGUCUCGGUUGUGGUAGGAUAGAAUUUGGCUUUUCGUUGUGCCCUUGUAGGAGGCCUAGGACUUUAUAUUCCUCACAAUGCUUAACAUCUUGUCCUCCGA